AUGUUGCGAUUUAGCGGUAACGAUGAACAACAACAAUUUAAUAAACCUGCUAAAGAAAUACAACAGCAACAAUUACAACCAUAUAAUAACGAAAAAUCCUUAAAAUAUUAUAAAGUAUUAGCCACCUCUGUUUAUCUUGUAAAAGAUAGUAAUAGAAAACUUAAUCAAUUAUCUGACGAAAUACUUAAUCAUCAUGAACUUAAUGAUGAACUUGCUUAUUAUAAUAAUAAUAAUUAUGAUGGUUAUAGUGACGAAAACGAUAUUGAUUCUAAUGUUUAUAGUGAAGAAGAAGAUAAUGCUAGCAUAGAUUCAUGGCAGCAAUCUUCCAACAGUAACAACUACAAUCACAGCAAUAACAAAUCAAAUAGUAGCGAAAUUGAAAAAGAGUUAAUUGCACUAUCACUUCAAUUAGAUUCAAUGGAACAAAAAUACAAGUAUCAGCUUAAAGGAAGGAAUAAAUUGAUUGAGGAACUUCAAACAGCUUCAAAGAAAACCGAACGUGAAUGUAAAAAAAAAAAGGCUGAAAUUGAAAGAUUAGAAACUCGUCUUGAAGCUACAAAUCGUGCCAUGACUGAAUUAAUGGAACAACAACAACGUCAAGUGCAAGAAAUUGUGGCUUCAAAAUCUUCAUCUUUAGCUCAAUCUGAAGAAGAGAAAAAAGAAAAUCUGGAGGCGAUCAAGAUGCUUGAGGCUGACUUGGAAGAGAAGAAUAGAUUAAUCGAACAAGUACAAAUCACCGCUCGCAAAGUAAAAACUGAGUCAAGAGAAAAGGAUAAAACUAUCGAGGUCAUAACUACUCAUUUACUAAAAUAUCAAUCAAUAGAAACUGAAUGCUUAGAUAAACAAAAAAUCAUCGAUGAGUUAACUUCCCAACUAGAAGACCUUAAAAAACGUGAAAUAGAAUUAAACGAAAAAGACGCCAUGAUCGAAACAUUGAACAUUCGUUUAGACACGUCACAAAAAGUUAUUGCGGAAUUACGAGAGAAGCAUGCACCACAUGAUCUAUUGAGACAAUUAAGACAAAAAGAUUACAUCAUUGAUGAUUUGACUCAACGAGUAGAAAACAUUGAUGCUGAUAUUAAAGAUAAAGAUGAUGAGAUCAAAUCACUAAACAAAUCAUUAAAUCAAGAAAUCGAAUUGGUUGAAAAAUUGCAAAAACAAUACAAAGAACUUGAACCAUACAAAAAAUUAUACAAAGAAGCUGAAAAUAACCUUUACGAAAUACAGCAAGAACUUGCUCAGAAAGAAAGAAAAUUACAAGAUUUAGAAAGACGUUAUAAAGAUGCCUCUAGAAAUUCCUUAGAAAGUCACGAGAAACUGAAAGCUCAAGAGCAAGCCUUCAAUAGUUUACGACAAGAAGUUAUUCAUCUUAAACAAGCUCUCACGGUUCAAAAUGCCGCCGCUAAUGCCGCCGCCACCGCUGCUGCGACUGCUGCCAUAUCUGUAAAUAAAGCCGAGCUAGAUGUUAAAUCAAACAAAAGUGAGGUACGUCUGAGCGCUCUACAAAAGGUUUUAAAUACCAAGAUCGAAGCUUGCAGGGAAUACGAGAAAAAGAUCUCAGAAUUGGAAAAGGAAUUUGAACUGGUGAAGACAGAAAUUGAAGAUACAAAGACCACAAGUUCCGAGAAAGAAUCUAGAAUCGCUAAACUUGUAAAGAUGAACCGUCAACUGAAAGACGAAGUUACUCAAUUGAAAGAAAAAAUGGAAGCAAAAGAACAAGAAUUGAUCCUUAUAAAAUCAAAGAUUCCACAACCCGUUUCUUCCAGAAAAUCAUCCUUUACAAAAACUGCCCCUAGAUCAAGAGUCUCUUCUAUGUAUAGUGGUGAAAGUAGUAGUGACGAUACUGCUAGGUCCUGUUUGACAAAUUCUUCUGCUCGUAUUCGUAGAAGUUCAAAUCUUAGCGGUGCUAGUGAUAAUAACAGCAACGUUGGUUCUUUGCGGUCAAAGACUUUGUCAAGAUCAAGUAGUCUAUGUUCUGUUCCAACAACUAGACGCAUAUCAAAUGGCCCAAGACCUGCUUCUUUAUCAACAAUUUCAUCAUCAUCACCUUCUACCAUAUCAUUAACUAGAACCAAAUCUAUAUCAUCUUCUUCCACAAGUGAUAUUGAUAAUUUAAAGAAAAGAAGCAGUAUUAUUAAUAACAAGAACUCAACCAACAGCAAUAACAAUAAUGGACCAAAAGGGACAAGAAGACCUUCAUCAGCUUCUACAACUUCAACUUUGUCAUCAUCAACACGCGGUGGCGCUAGAUCAUCAAUUUCUAAUUCUUCAAAAAAACCGGUUAGCCCAAACACUUCAAGUAUCACCAAAAAUGCUGUUGAACAAAAGAAAUUAUCCACUGCAACUCAACAAGCCAGAAGAACUCCUUUAACAAGACCAUUACCAUCUAAUACUACUCUGUCAACAAGAUCUCUCCCAUCAUUAUCAAAACCUAUACAAACCAAGAGAUCUUAA